AUGGCUACUCCAGGAGAACUGCAACGAUCAGUGGCAGGUUGCGGUAUUCUUAUAUGGUCAGUAUAUCGCAUCUACUCGAUCGACAGGUUUAAGUCCAUACGUUGGAAACGUCUUCGGCGUCUCGAGGUUAAAGGCGUAACAACCGUACUCUUUUUUAUUGCUUUAAUAUUGCAAAUAUUAUGCGAUGCUGCGAGUGUUACAAUCAGAUACAAAGAAGGUCUUACAAUGCAAGAUGAUGGCACAGUAGUCUCAAAGCCUGAUGAGUUGUACGACGAGGAAGACAAGCGUAUAAUAACUGUGUCUCGGUAUCUUAUCAUGAUAGUUUAUGCUAUCGAAACAGCUUCCGUGCUAUUAAUGCAAAACUUUUGGAAUUAUUUGACCAAGAGAAUAAUCCGCAAGACUUUUAUAAAUAGUGUGCAUUUCAAAGUCAAUUACGCUUUUGCUUUUGGAGCUCUCCUGGGAUUUCCUUUGAUUCCCUAUAUUUUGAAAGACAAACCAAUAUUACUUGUGGCUGUGCCAAGGAUAUUUGCUGUAGCCGUCAAUAUUCCAAUUAUACUUUAUGGAAUAAGAGCAGAUUUUAGGUUUAAUGAAUUGGUCGACGAAGCCCGGGGAAUUCUUGGUGACCAAUUUAUAAUAAACAAGAUAAAUUACUACAGAAAUCUAAACCGACAAUUUAUCCUUGCCAUGAUUUUUUCUAUUAUUCCGGCAUUCAUUCAGUCAAUUGACCGAUUAACAAGCCAACAUACGAUUGAAAAUAACCAAUUUAUAGCCGAUUUAUUGUCAACUAUAUCUAAUUUUGCUCUAAUUCUUGACGCUAUUACAAUUGUAUACAUCUUUUAUCCGCGUAAAGAAUUUAGUGGAAACUCGAUAAAUUUAUCUAGAGAGACAUUUUCGCUCAACAUGAUGACGUCGUUUCAGAUGCCAAAAAAACCCAGCCCAUCCGGCUCUUACCAAACCGACGAAACAGUUAACGUUGAUAUAGAGGAAGCCGAUAUACAAAAGACGUUAACGCCGCCAAAAAGCAAAGAAGACUUACUUUGUGUUUAUAACCAAAACGGGGAGGGUACAAACAUACGAUGGAGCACUGGUACAUAUAACACGAGUACAAAAUCAAAUCAGUCAUUUAAACGUUUUAGCACGGAUUGUUCUACAUCAAGAGAAGCAGUUACUAUACAAGAUAAAAAACGUAGACGCAGCAAUGAAGGAACUAAAGCAACAAAUGAAUCGAGUGAUAAAUUGCCUACGAUAACUAUUGAGGAAAUUUCAAACGUUCUAAUAGUCGAAGUCGAUGAAGCAGUGCUUCAUGAAUAA